CGGCGCAGGCAGCGCGGGGCGGGCCGGGGGCGGCGCCCGACUCGGGUCCCCUCGCAGCCCAUUCUCCGUUACUCACUGGGAGACCGGGUCGCGCUCCACCGCCGCUGCCAGCUGCGAGUUUCCUGGGCCCUGGGGCAAGAGCAGGGGGAGAACUCUUCUGUACCUGCCCAGAUGCUCUCCCGAGCUGCCUGGAGCUCUGUGCUGAGAAGAGGAGGACUUGGAACUCGAGGGACACACAGCCCAGGAGGCCCUGCCCGCGCCCAGGGGAAGAUGACCCCCUACACCAACUACUUCGCCCAGCGCUCCUACCCCAUGCCCGACGAGCCCUUCUGCACCCAGCUCAACGCCGAGCAGCGGGCCCUGAAGGAGAAGGAGAAGGGCAGCUGGACCCAGCUGAGCCACGCCGAGAAGGUGGCCUUGUACCGGCUCCAGUACCACCAGACCUUCGCGGAGAUGAACCGGCGCUCCAAUGAGUGGAAGACGGUGAUGGGCUGCGUCUUCUUCUUCAUUGGGUUGACAGCCCUGCUGAUUUGGUGGCAGCGUGUUUACGUGUUCCCUGUGAAGCCUGUCACCCUGACGGACGAGUGGAAGGCCCAGCAGCUUCAGCGCAUCCUGGACAUGAAGGGCAACCCGGUGCAAGGCCUGGCCUCGCGGUGGGACUACGAGAAAAAGGAGUGGAGGAAGUGAGGCCUGCCUGCCCUGCCUGUCAGGUCUCUGCCCCUGCAGCGGCCCCUGGCCACAGCCUCCAGCGCCCCUCCUGCCCCUCCCCUGAGCUCCAAUAAAGCUGGCCUCUUCUCUUCCA